GCCCUUUUCCAUCCCUCCCUCCAUCCUUCCUUCUAUUCUCACAUGCACUGUGUGCUUUGGAGCUGCAUGCUCACUGUCCCGAAACAUGAUGAACCAUUCGCCCCUGUGGGAAUUCUUUCUCCUGGCAACGAGCUAGCGUCAGCUCUCUUUUGUGUCUUUCAGCCACACACAACUACAUCUGCAGCGGCAGCAGCAGCAAGAGGAGAAGAAGAAGAUGCUACAGCGAGACAAUGCAGUUAUGGUCCUCCGCCCUCCUGCCUUCAGUCGCAUUCUUCUUCUCAUCUCUGACUGUUCUGAUGCUUGGAGCCACACUUGACCCCCAGAGGACUUCCCAGGCAAAACAAAGGGAUUAACGCUCAACUUUCUUAGGGUGCCCUCGCUGAAAUGCAUCGUGCAGUCAUGAGACGUCACUAGGAACAGGAACAUGGAUGGUGAGCAUGCACUAAAUGCCACAGUGAACACCAGUACUGAAGACAUCCAACUGGUCACUCAUAGUCUUUGGGAAGUGAUCACCAUAGCGACCGUGUCCGCCAUAGUCAGCCUGAUCACCAUAGUGGGCAACGUCCUAGUGAUGCUCUCCUUUAAAGUCAACAGCCAGCUGAAGACGGUGAACAAUUACUACCUGCUAAGUCUUGCUGCUGCAGACCUCAUCAUCGGAGUCUUUUCCAUGAACUUGUACACCUCCUACAUUCUGAUGGGUUACUGGGCCUUGGGGAACCUCUCCUGUGACCUGUGGUUGGCUUUAGACUACGUGGCCAGUAACGCCUCAGUCAUGAACCUGCUGGUGAUCAGUUUUGACAGAUACUUUUCAAUCACGAGGCCUCUGACCUACAGAGCCAAACGGACACCCAAACGGGCUGGCAUUAUGAUUGGUUUGGCUUGGCUGGUGUCUCUUGUUCUGUGGGCUCCGCCUAUUCUUUGCUGGCAAUACUUUGUUGGAAAAAGAACUGUCCCUGAGAGACAAUGUCAGAUUCAGUUCUUCUCAGAGCCCAUAAUCACCUUCGGAACAGCGAUAGCAGCGUUUUACAUCCCCGUGUCAGUCAUGACCAUCCUCUACUGUCGGAUUUACAAAGAAACAGAAAAAAGGACCAAAGAUUUAGCAGAGCUUCAGGGAGCAAACCAGACCACAGAGACUGACGUCACCCAGCCUCGAAUUAUCCAAUCGUGUUUUAGCUGCAAACUAAGAUCUACAUCGCAUGACCGCAACCAAGCCUCGUGGUCUUCCUCAAGCAAGAGCAAUGCUGCCAAGUCCACUACCUUCACCAAUGAGGAGUGGUCCAAAGCUGGUCAGCUGACCACCUACAACAGCUAUGCCUCAUCGGAAGACGAAGAGAGGUCUGUGUCUCCUGGGGCCCCGCAGCCUUCGUUUGGGAACCGUGUCUGCGAGGACAGCAAGAGCACUGCAGGAAACGAAAGCGAGCAGCUCAGCAGCUACGACGAGGACAGCUUCUUCCAAACACCCCCCAAAAGCAACUCUCAGAGGAACAGCAAGUGCAUGUCGUACAAGUUCAAGCCGACUACCAAAGACACGCUGGCGAUGCACCAGAACAAAAACGGCGACACUAAAGCCACUUUCUCCUCAGCAGAGUCCAUGAAUGCUCCAUCAGUGUCCAAGCCAAUGGAUGCCACACUGAAGAACCACAUGACCAAGAGGAAGAGGAUGGUGCUGAUCAAAGAGAGGAAGGCAGCUCAGACUCUUAGCGCUAUACUGCUGGCCUUCAUCCUAACAUGGACACCCUACAACAUCAUGGUGCUCAUUUCCACCUUCUGCUCCAACUGCAUUCCGCUCUCCUUGUGGCACCUGGGCUACUGGCUGUGCUAUGUCAACAGCACCGUCAACCCCAUGUGCUACGCCCUCUGUAACAAGACUUUCCAAAAGACCUUCCGCAUGCUUCUACUCUGCCAGUGGAAGAAGAAAAGGGUUGAGGAGAAACUCUACUGGUACGGACAAAACCCAAUGGUUGGCACCAAACUUACUUGAAUUAUUUAGAAAGUGUAAAUAUUCUUCUGACAUUAGCAGAGUUAACAUCAGCAUUUCUGCUCAAUCAUCAUUAUUUGUAUGGUUGUGAUUAGCUUUAAAGGGGAACAUUAUCACAAUUUAUGAAGGGUUAAAACCAGUAAAAAUAAGUUCCCAGUGGCUUAUUUUAUUUUUCAAAGUUUUUCUCAAAAUUUUACCCAUCACGCAAUAUCCCGAAAAACGGCUUCAAAGUGCCUGAUUUACACCAUCGCUAUAUCCACCCGUCUAUUGUCCUGUGAUGUCACUGCAUGAAGCCACCAGAAACAAACGUGGCGGAUAGUACAGAAAGGUAUAGCAUAGUAGCUCGGAUUCAGACUCGGAUUUCAGCAGCGCAAGCGAUUCAACAGAUUACGCAUGUAUUGAAACGGAUGGUUGGAGUGAGGAGGCAGGUACCGAAAACAAAAUUAAAGAAGAAACAGAAGCUUUUGAGCCAUAACAUGACAGACAGCGGCACGGGAGGAAGCGCGGACGAAUUUGGCGAUCGCCUUCUAACCAACGAUUGGUAUGUGUUUGUUUGGCAUUAAAUGUAGGUGGAGGGAAAGGCUGCAUGCAAAUAUAGCUACAAAUGAGGCAUAAUGAUGCAAUAUGUACAUACAGCUAGCCUAAAUAACAUGUUAGCAUCGAUUAGCUUGCAGUCAUGCCGUGACCAAAUAUAUCUGAUUAGCACACUCCACAUAAGUCAAUAACAUCAACAAAACUCACCUUUGUGAUUUCGUUGACUUUAUCGUUGGAAAUGCAUCUGCUUUGAGUGUCGCAGGAUAUCCACACAUUCUUGCCAUCUCUGUCGUAGCAUAGCUGUCGUCGGUACUGUGUGCAGAACAAAUGAGGGACUUUCGCAUCUUUUGACCACUUGUGGUCAAAAGAUGCAUGUUGUCUCCAAGAUACCGGAAAACUGUCGAAAAAACGGAAAAUAACAGAGCUGAUUUGACUUGGUGUGUGUAAUGUGUUUGAGAAAAUGGCGGGUCGCUUCAUGACGUGACGUCACAGGUGAAAGGUCAUUGCUCCGACAGGCGAACAAUUGAAAGGCGUUUAAAUCGCCAAUUUCACCCUUUUAGAGUAUGGAAAUCGGUUAAAAAAACAUAUGGUCUUUUUUCUGCAACAUCAAGGUAUAUAUUGAUGCUUACAUAGGUCUGGUGAUAAUGUUCCCCUUUAAAACAUGUCAACAUAAGAAAAAACACUCAGAGAGUGCAGAUCUCUGCCAGGCCCUAUCUAGAGAAAAUAAAAUCUUGAAUCCAGACAGUGAUCCGGUUCACCCCCAAAAUCUAAUCACUUGGCUCUUAUCCCAUUCUGACAUUUCCUGAACGUUUCAUCAAAAUCUGCCCAUAACCUUUUGAGCAAUGUUGCUAACUAACUAACAAACAGAGAAACGAACCCUGGCGAAUACAUAACCUCCUGGUGGAGGUAAAAAGAAGGUUGAUUCUUGCAUGCACAAAGUGACAUAAACAACCAACAUUAUUCCACACUGGACUAUGUUUAUAAUCUCAGUGCAUAAUUUAGUAUGAAAUGUAAAUUAUUUCGGUCAUGAUUACUCACUUUAAACAAAUUCUACGGGCUGCACAAAAUGUCACGGACAUAUUUUACCCUUUAAAGGUCGCCUGUUAUGUAAAAUCUACUUUUUAUAAUAUAAAAAGUAACAAGUCCCCUCAAGCUUGUUUAUGAAGUUCUGGGUUUUCAUGACACACUGAUGAAGGGAAAACCUCCUCCCUAAUGUGUAUGAUCUCACUUGUGACCCGCCCUAACUAGAUGAGCCCAUCCUGUCAAUACGUCUUUUCACAGAGGACAGUUUUUUAAAAAGCAACUACAACAUAAGUGGCUUCACUACACAUCUUGAAAUAAAGCCAAGAGCUCUGCCAAAUAUCAGUCAGCUACCAACGAAAGUUUCAUCCUUUUGUUUUUCUUCAAUGAUUAUGCUAAGCUACCAUUGUGAUUCAAUGUAUGUGACUGUGAUGUUAACACUGUAGUUAACAUAUGCUAAUGUUGCUAUUGUUUGAGGCCCAGUUAAUUAGACGUUGUUGUAUGUAAUAUAUGAAAUAGAUAAUGAGUACAGUCGCGCUUCUUGUAGCCGCACACUACAAACACUGCUCAUAGGCAUUAAAGCUGCGGUCACAAAACGGCGUGUUAUCAAACUGGGCUUACUAAAAGUAUUUUUAAACAGUCUAAAUUCCAGCUCCAGGAUUUUGAGCAAGCCAUGUCCAUGUAUAUACAUUUGAUAUUUAUUUAUUAUUGUUGGAAAAAUAGGUGGAACCUUCAACUAAAAUGCUAGGAUUCAAUUUGGCAUUGUUUCUGUUAUAUUUUAAAUGGCUAAGAAAGGCUCUAAAAGCUACACCCUGCUUGCUUAGACAGGACUGUAAUUUCAAGCCUUAUCACAUGUGUCAUAUUUUUCUAUUGUCAUUUAUGGGCUUCUAAAUAUAAUUUAACUUUGUCUAACGAUAAGACAUUUGUAAUUUAAACACAUCUUUAUUUAUUGUUUUAUUCAUAGACAAAUGGAGAUACAUACUUUGCAUUGGACAACAAAGAUACUAUACAUGUUAUAGGAAUUAAAACCUUAUGACUGAAGUCCAGCCAGUCCAGCAUUUUUUUUUAGCCAAUCCAAAUACAAAUCAGUUAUAGGAAGAAAUGUCAACAAAGGGAGCUUUAGCAGUAUAGUUUAGUUUUUUAUUCAAAAGUGUGAAACAGUUGUAGCCUCCCCUAACACCUUUCUUUACUGUACUGUACACUGGCUGUAUAUAUAGCUAAUAUUGCUUCUGUUCUUAAUAUAAUGUUUUGUCCAGCUGGGCUGUAAAAGAUGGUAAAACAUGAUUUCCUCACAUUCACCGUACAGUAUAUACAUUUCAAGGCAAUUUUAUAAACACCACCCAAAAUAGUGUUCUCAAGCUGUUGGUGGUCCUCUGGCGCCUCCCAGGGGGGGCUGGUUUCACACUUUGAAAACUGUUCCUCAGUAUAUUUUAUUUUAGUACUAGAUUACUGUUCUAGUUUUUCAAUGCUUUCAUCAUUUUGAAGUAUUGUGGCCAAACACAUUACCAAGUACUUUUGGUGAAAUGAUGGGAUCCUACACUUUGCAAUGUACACUUAUGUACAGGCAAAACAUUGUUGUAAUGUUCUGUAUAUCUUGAUCAUGUUCAAUCAUGUUUUUUCUAAAUAAAUGUGUUUCUAU